GUCUGUUUAAAAUUAUACCAACGCUUUGGAUUACGGUCGCCAUUUUGCAUCGCACGAGAGACAAAGCCGGUUACAAAAAGCACGAUUCAUGUGCUGAAUUUUGCUUUUUGUUCGACACCGAAUCCCGAAGAUAAUUAACAGCUGAAUAAGAAAUCGCCAUCAAACCGAUAAAGCCGUCCUGCGUCAGAAUAUUACAGAAGUAUUAUUUACCGCUAAGUAACCAGGCAUAAUGCCUAUCAAAAUAUUUGUUGGGAACUUGUCAUCCGACACAACCACAGAGGAUGUCCAGCCUUUGUUUGAAGCCUAUGGGCAGGUGACUGAGUGUGAUGUCCUCCGCAAUUUUGGCUUUGUGCAUAUGGCGAGAGAGGAUGAGGCUGAGGCUGCCAUCAGUGAAUUGUCAGGGUCUCUUAUCAAAGGACAGCGUAUCAAUGUUGAGAAAUCAACAGGAGCAUCCAGAGGUGGUCGUGGUGGUGGGAAAAUGAUGGGAGGAGGCAGUCGAGGGGGUUUUAGAGGUCGAGGAGCGCCAGCACCCCGAGGUAGAGGUGGCCCAGGAGGACGGGGAGCUCCUUAUGGACGUGGAGCCCCUGCCCCAGAGAGAGAUCCCUAUGACCCGUACCCCCCACCCAGGGCACAUCCCUAUAGCAGGGAUCCGUAUGCUGCUUAUGAUGACUACUACGCAAGGAGACCUGCACCAGCACGUGAUCCCUAUGAUAGGCCUCCAUAUGAUCGGGCGGAAAGGCUGCCCCCUCCGAGGGACCCCUAUGAUAGAUACCCACCUUCAAGGUAUCCUCCCCCACGGGAUCCCUACGACAGAUACCCACCCCCUCCAAGAGCAUCAGCUGACCCUUACGAAAGACCUCCACCAGAUUACUAUCAAAGGUACAGAGCAUAUGAUGGCUACGAUGAUCCCCCAAGGAGAGCUGGAGAGGCCUUGCCCCCACCCCAAGCAGCAGCACGUCCUCCAUCAAAUGGGUAUGGCGAGCGACCCCUGCCCCGUGAGCCAGCUGCUGGAAGUGAGGCCUUUAGCAGCUCUUACUCAAGCUACUACGAUAGAUUCUACAAGCCUGGAGGCAGCCAGUCCAAUGGUGCCCCUGCCCCUCAAAGGGCACAAGCUCCCCAGGGCCUCGGGCGAGGAGCCCCAGGGGGCAGAGGGGCACCUCCAGGAAGGAACGACCAGCAGUCAGCACUCCAGACUGGACCAAUUUACUUCUAAGUUAGGUUAUGCUUAGGGUUCGGAAUCUGUACCUGACAGGAUCUGCUUUAGUUGAAAGAUCGAGCUUGCCAAAAAUGAAUUGUACUUCUCCAUCAAUAUAUGUUGUGGUAAAAAGUUUUGAACAUGUUAAAAGCAUAUUUCAAACUCUUAAGUGCAAUGUAAUUAGUUGGCAGCUGAACAGAGUUAUUUUUAAGAAAUUUGCAUGGCCAAAUUCUAUGGCAAACCCCGUGUUCACGUAAAACUGACUAGAUGCUGUUGUCAAACAUUCAUUUUGUUCAUGUUACUGUAUUGUUGUUGAGUAAAGGAAAAAUAGGUUUUAACCAUGAUUACAGUUUAUGUAAUGAUUGUAUUUUACUAGUACCUAAUAAAUCUUUAAAUGGUACAGUAUUUUCUGCCAUAGUUUAGGAACAAAUUUCAGUUAUUAUUUUCAUGUACCAUUUUGUAUAUACUCAUUUUUGUUGUACUGAAUCAUGUUUUGUCACAAUAAAUAUUUGUAAUACUAAUAA